AUGCUUUCGAAACAACAUUUGGCCAAUCCAGGCCUUCGGUAUCAACAAGCCCGACGAGACCCAGGAGAAGCACCUCCACCCAGCGUGGCUGCUUCCAAUAUGGCUCGGAUGCCAGCAGCAGCAGCGGCACCUCCAACUCGUGCUAACAGCGUGGCAUCGCGGUAUAUGCAGGCGGCCAAUCCUCAUGUGGCUGCCAGUCAAGAUGUCUGGGUCAACAAUGUUAGUGGAGGAGGAGGAGGAGCACCACCACCACCUGCUGCUGAUCCGGAUGGAGGUGUGGUCCUGAAACCAGCCUUUAUUCAGAACAAUGCUCAUCCUGGCUUUGAACCCCCCGAAAUAUAUCGGCCACCACCCGUAAUACCCACACCUGCAGCAGCAGCAGGACGAGGCGGAAGAUCCAGGAGCAGCAGUCAUGACGGCGACGAAUUCUAUGGUUCCACCCAUACAUCCACCACGGCUGCUACUGCCCCUCAAAUUGGUGCCGUCCGCAUGCCAGGAUUGGAUGGACAAUUGGACAAUGACAAUGACAUGAACAUUUCUCUUCCACCAGCAGUGGAUCCCUAUCAUCAUGUGGUGGCACAAGCAGUUGACGAUGAGUCUGCAGGUGGCAUGGACAAGGAUCUAAGGGAUCGAGUGGCAAACUUGGAAGAAGAUUUGAAAAAGUCUUAUAUGAUGUUGAGUGCCCACAGUCGACAUGGAGGUCUAUCGGCCGAUGGCAGCGAUGCGGAUACCGAUUUACUACGACAGCGAGUCCAAGAAUUAGAACAGCAACUGGCCAACCCCGCAAAUCAAUCGACUCAUAGUAGGAGUCGUAGUUUGACCACCGGAGAUUCCGAUGAAUUUGCCAAUCCUUCACCCUCGGAAGGCUUGGUGACGGCAGCCUCUUCCAGAAUUGUCGUGGCGGUGGUGGAUCCAGCCGUUACACCAAAGCCACCGCGUGUUGGCGAUGUCGAACGGGGGAAUAGUGAAGAUGAAGACGAGGACGAAUCCAAGGGUAUUCCAGUUGGAAUCAAAUGCCUCAUAUUGCUGGUCCUACUAGGGGGGAUUGGUGCUGCAGUCUUCUUUUUGGUUCCCUUUGGUGACGACGACGAUGAGGGUGUCGGGAUAGUGCCCGUUCAAGUGACUCCCACCGACGCACCAGCCGUUCCAGCAGAGCCAACCUUGUCUCCCACCGACUCUGUGGUAUUCCCUAUUUGUCCAUCGCACUUCCAAGGCAGCAACAACAAUAGUAGUUCCUCCUCAUCCUCCUAUGUGGCCACUGGAAGCAAGAAUCAAACCUAUAUUCUUGAUUGCAGUAUUGCUGGUGAUGUCUCGGCCAUUCAAAUUGACCGCUCAACUUGUGAACCAUCCUGUGCCUUUUUGUUGGAAAAGUCGGCCUAUGAAGACUUGUGUGUCGACAGUUUCUUUGCGUUGGAUGUUCCGGACGAAUACUUUGGUGAUGGUAACACAUUGUUCGAGCUGGGUCACUUGGAUAUUGGGGCCAACGUGAGUUGUGCCAAUGCCACCAAUUAUAUCAUUCCCGAUCCCAGUGCUUCCCCGAGUCUGGCACCUAGUUCUGCGGCAUCGGAAAACCCAACCUUGGCAGUAUUGAUUCCUACCGAGCCUCCGACACCGAUUCCUACUGUAACGCCAACACCGCCUCCGACAGGAGUACCAACCCCCCCGCCUACUCCACAACCUACUCCUUCGCCUACUCCCGAACCAACGCCGCCACCCACGGAACCACCAGUCGAUCGAUUGGGCGAAGCAUUGGAGCGAUUCUUUCCUGGAGAAUCCCUUAGCGAAACUUCGGCCGAGUACCGAGCCUUGGAGUGGGCGUCUCAGAUUGAUUCUCGGAAUGCCGCCAUCAAUUCCGUCGAAUUCCGGGAACGAUUCACUUUGGCCAAUCUGUUUUAUGCCACCAAUGGAGACUCAUGGACCCGAAGGUCUGGAUGGACUGGAGAAGGGAACCAUUGCGAUUGGCAGGGUGUUACUUGUAGCAAUGAGCAAGUUUCAUUACUGGAUCUCAAUGACAACAACAUGAAUGGACCCAUAAUCAAAACUUGGGACAAUCUGGCUCUUAUUUCACGGUUGCGAAUGAUGGAGAAUGGUCUCGUGGGAACCGUGCCCACUGAAAUGGGAAGAAUGUCGAACCUUGGCCGAUUGGAACUCUCCGAUAACUUCCUCGACGGGGAAUUUCCAACGCAGAUUGGGGAUCUAGCGCAGCUCACGAAUUUGCAAAUCCGCAACAACCUCUUCCGAGGAGAAAUUCCAACACAUCUGGGCCGCUUGACUCGAUUGCAAUCCUUUGUGGCCGAGUUCAAUCAAUUUUCUGGUCGAAUUCCCGACGAGCUGUCUGGCAUGACCAGCUUGCGGAACAUUUACUUGGGCCGCAAUCAAUUGGCGGGACCGAUUCCUGCGUCCUUUGAAAGCUUUUCCCAGCUGACCCUGCUGAGCAUUUCCGAGAAUCGUCUCUCGGGUUCUCUUCCAGCCGAAUUGAGUCGAAUGACCAACUUGCAACGCUUCUCCGCUGCGCAAAAUCAGCUCUCGUCCUCCAUUCCGGAUGAUUUUGGUGCUUGGACCGCCAUGACCUACCUCAGUGUUUUUGACAACCAAUUGACGGGCACAAUUCCGUCUUCAAUGAGCCAAUGGACGAAUACCGACACGAUUUAUUUCUAUGAGACCGGUGUCACGGGAUCCAUGAACAGCUUUUGCAGUUCUGGCAAUGUAGGUGAUUCCAACUUUGAAUUCUAUGCUGAAUGUGGUCUGGAAUGCAGUUGCUGCACGCAUUGUUGUACGAAUCAGAAUUGCGGCCAAGUUUAG